AUGUCCGGCACUCGGGAUGAGUGCGUCUUCAUGGCCCUGCUCUUGCCCUGCUGCCUCGACCCCCCCCCCCCCUCGGACGUCGGCAGGCUGGCCGAGCAGGCGGAGCGGUACGAGGACAUGGUCGAGUACAUGAAGCGCGUCGCAUUGAUGGGCUUCGAAUUGAGCCUGGACGAAAGGAACAUGCUGUCCGUGGCCUACAAGAACUCUGUCGGGGCCCGAAGGCAGGCCUGGCGUGCGAUCAACCAGCUGGAGACGAGGGAGGCCAACAAGCCCGCGGUGGCUGCGAUCAUCAAGGACUACCGUGGCAAGGUGGAGCUUGAGCUCAACAACAAGUGCGCAGAGAUCCUGAACAUCCUCGCGGAUGAACUGAUCCCGAAGGCGAGCAAUCCCGAGGUGAAGGUUUUCUACCUCAAGAUGAAGGGCGACUACCACCGCUACCUGGCCGAGUUCGCGGAGAGGGACUCGGGAGACUACGGCAAGGCGUCGCAGGACGCGCACGACAGCUACGAGCUCGCCAUGGAGAGCGCGGGGGAGCUUCCGCCGACGCACGCCAUCCGGCUCGGCCUCGCCCUCAACUUCUCCGUCUUCUACUACGAGGUUUUCGGCAAGCCCGACAAGGCGAUCAAGCUCGCGAGCGACGCGUUUCAGAGUGCCUUCGCGGACAUGGACAAGGUGGACCAGGACACCCAAAACGAGGCGGAGCAGAUCAUGCAGCUGCUGCGCGACAACCUGCAGCUGUGGAGCAGCGACAUGGCCGGGGACGGCGGCGAUGCUCCGAAGCAGGACGGCACGACCGUGGAGGACUUUUGA